CUGAAUGAUACUAUUGGGGGAAAAGCGAAACGACCCAAAACAGAGACAGAAACAGAGACUUCUCUCCCCCUCCCCCGAUUGGAAGGGAAGUGACCCUACCAUUCAAUCUCCAUUGCUCAAUUCUGCAAAUUUAACUCCUGGAUUCAACUUCUUAAGUGUAGAAAUGGGUCUUGCAGCACCCAAGAGAGCAACACCUACUACAGAUGAAAUUCAGCAGGAAACGGGUAAAAGGUCGCAUGGAGAAUGUAUAAGUUUCAUGUUUGAAACCGUUCCACGCAAGCGAAGAUCAGACAGACAAAAGGAAACUGCCAAAGGUAAUGAUCACUUAGCUACCGGUUGAGUGUUAAUUCAUUUUGACUUAAUAAUCACCUAGCUACUGGUUGAGUGGUAAUUCGUUUUGACCUAAUGAUCACUUAUCUUACAUCAGUACAUUAGAUUCUGACUUAAUAAUCACUUGGCUACUGGUUGAGUGAAUUUUUUCCAUUGUUGAACUCUCCUAAUUUACUGAAGGAUCAGGUUUCUAUUUUAAUGCAUCUUUGUUCAGCUAGAAGCCAGAAUAAUUUCUAUAACUGCUGGAAGCAGCUUAAAUAUGGAGUAAACUAGGGGGAAUGAUUUAAGAUAAAACUUUUUUAUGGAGGGAUGAACCAGUAAUUAACCAGAAUUGACUUGAGAAUCUAAUGUACUGAUGAGGGGGAAUGGGGGCCUCCAAUGAUUGAUUUACACAUUACAAAUGUUAGAAGGUUUGAUGAGCUGUUGAGACACCCUUUUUUGUUCCCUUUUCUUUUCCUAUUGUCGCCAAAGUUUAGUGUGAUUGCGCAAGAGUUGUGAGGGGUUACCCGUUAGAAAUGUUCAUGUCCGCACCCCUCAUUUCUUAUUCCAUCUGUGUGAAAUAUCUAUGGCAUCGUCAGUCUGAAACCAAAAUAAAUGAGCAGCGUUGUGUUCGGCCUUCAGCCGGCAUGAAAAAUUGUCGAAUUUCAUGUAUGGUUAACUGAAGACAUUACGUGUAGAUAAAAACAUGAUAUUCUGAUAGGAUUUAUGUAGCCAAUGCCACAUACUAGGUAUAGGCUUAAUUUUUGUUUUCUGACAGAGAAGGAGCUUACGAUUGCUUCGGGAGCAUGCUGGGACUUUACAAGACUUCCUGUUCUCUUCACCCCAGAGGGCGACAAUCCCAUUACAAUCCAAGAGCUCCCAAGUAAAAAUGAUCUUCUGUAUCAACGCAGAGCCAAAUCCACAUCGGAUGUGAGUAUCGUCCAUAAUACCACGGCAAACCCUUCCCCUUCUCGAAGGUUGCGAGUUCGUGGACAGAAAAGAGGUCUGGUAAACUCCUGUCAACAAGGGAAGUUGGACUCCAAUACAUUUGAGAUUUUUAUGGAGCAUAUAUGGAACACUUGUCCUGAAGAGAGCAGGAAAUCCUUCUCCUACCUCGAUUGCUUGUGGUUUUUCCGGUACUCGCAGAAAUCUGAGAAAGAAAAGGUGUUGAAUUGGGUUAAGAAGAAGGACAUAUUCUCCAAAAAACAUAUCUUGGUUCCUAUUGUAUUGUGGUCUCAUUGGAGUCUUUUGAUUUUAUGCAACUUUGGUUCAAGUGUUCAACCUAUAUAUCCUUGCGUGUUGUUAUUGGAUUCUCUUCAACAAACAAAUCCUCGCUGGCUCGAACCUGGAAUAAGAAAGUUUAUAUUAGACAUCUAUCAUACUUACGGGAUACCUGCAACUAUGGAGUCUAUUCGCAAAAUCCCUUUUCUGAUUCCCAAGGCAAGUUGCUCUGAGCCUUUUUUUUAUCUUAACCAAGUGAUAAGGUUGUUUGCUAGUGAUUCAAAUUGCAAACGGUUCCUGUAUCAGGUCCCGCAGCAGAGAAAUGGUGAAGAGUGCGGAACUUUUGUUCUGUACUACAUCAAAUUGUUCAUAGAGAAUGCUCCACAAGAUUUUAGUAUCUGCGGUCCCAAGGGCUACCCUUACUUCAUGAAAGAGGACUGGUUCACGCUUGAAGAGUUCGAUAGCUUCUGGAAAGAACUGGAAGUCAAAAGAAAUUCUAUGAGCUUGGUGAAAUAGAGCUCAACAAGGGGAAGUCAAAAGAAAUUCUAUGAGCUUGGUGAAAUAGAGCUCAACAAGGCUCUAGGCAGCUGUUUGUACAGUUUUUGCGUAUAACCUAAAGACCGAAUGGAGAUUUAACUCAUCUAAUCUUGUGUUAGGACUUAUCUUUUUAUGUAAAUAUUUUUAGCUAUCUUCAGGACAUCGUUUGGCCUUCAUGCUAAAUGUUAAGAUUCCACUAGCGCCUCCAUUGGUUAAUCUUUUCAAUGAUAGUUAUGUCCCUUUUCAGCUC